AUGACUCAGCGCCUUGGCUGCGCCUUUUUAUGUAUUACACAACCAGAAGAGGAGACUGAACGCAACCAGGCGGAGACAAGUGCCAACGCUGAAAUAUCUCGAAUUCAGCCUGUCGCAGCACCCGUCGUUGGUUUGGAAAUCCAUGCUCAGAUCAGUAGUCGAACGAAGCUUUUCAGCCGUGCAGUUUCCCUCCCGGACUCUCCCGUGAAUCACAAUGUCAGUUACUUUGACUGUGCACUUCCGGGCACUUUACCGGUUUUAAACAGGCGUUGCGUCGAUGCCGGUAUCUUGACAGCAUUGGCUUUACAAUGCCAAAUCUCACCUUGGUCCGACUUCGAUCGAAAACAUUAUUUUUAUGCUGAUCUGCCGGCUGGCUACCAAAUCACACAACACUUUCAUCCGAUUGCUGUCGAUGGCACAAUUGAAUACAUCGUUUAUGAUCGGCAGUCGAAUUUGGAUGCCGUUGUAAAGCGCACUAAGAUCGUGCAGAUACAACUGGAACAAGACAGCGGAAAAAGCCUUCAUGACCUGAAACAGUGGACGACGUAUGUAGACCUCAACAGAUGUGGUGUUGGUCUGAUGGAAAUCGUCACUGACCACAAUCUUUCAAAUGGGCUUGAAGCGUCUUGUUUGGUAAAGGAGUUGGCAGCCACGUUGAAAGCUGCGGGAACAUGUGAGCUAAGGGUCGACGCCAAUAUCUCUGUCCACAAGCCGAACGAAGUGCUCCGGUGUCGCACCGAAGUCAAGAACUUAAACAGCUUCCGUUUUCUGAGACAUGCUGUUGAUUACGAAAUAGCGAGGCAUAUUCACGUAUACGAAAGUGGCGAGGAAGUGACCAACGAAACCAGGUCUUUUGAUCCGAUGACAGGGUAA